CCAAUAGUGGAUGGCGCCUCAAUGUACCUGUCCAAACUCCUGUCCUCCAUUAUUCAAUUCCAUUUCCCCGGGCCAUGCAGAAAGCGGGACACCGUUCGAUCCUGCCAGGUCUUGUGUGUUCGGCUGAUUCUGCUCGAUGAUGGCGCCACAAGACUAUCACAGGUUUCUGCUGAGACCGCUGUUGUCUCGGAAUUAUUGCUCUCUUAAGUCCUGAGUGUGAUUUGAUGGAUUAAUGGGUGGUCCACCCAUUGACUGCGCAGUCAUGGCGGGGGGUAGUAGGAGACGAGUUACAUAUAUGUGCUAUGAGACGCUCGGUUUCUUCGUUCUACAGGUUGCUCAAGUCUUGUCCUAACGUUCAGUGAAUCUGAUUGUGAAAGAUGCUCGGCAAGAUGAUCCUUCUACCCCUUUUUCUUCUCUGUCACUCUCUUGCUUCUGCGUCGCUUACCUACCGCGGCGCUGAUAUUUCCUCUCUGCUGAUCGAGGAGAAGGCCGGGAUCGAGUACAAGAAUGUGGACGGACAGACACAGCCGCUUGAGAAUAUACUCAAGGCUAAUGGUGUGAAUUCCAUUCGCCAGCGGGUGUGGGUGAACCCCAGCGAUGGAUCUUACAAUCUGGACUAUAACCUCAAGUUGGCGAAGAGGGUGAAGGCCGCGGGGAUGAGCGUUUACCUGGACUUGCACUUCAGUGAUACUUGGGCGGACCCGAGUCAUCAGACCACACCCAUUGGAUGGUCGACCAGCGACAUUGGCACCCUCACCUGGCAGGUGUACAACUACACGAAGGAGGUCUGCGACACGUUCGCCAGCAACGGCAUCGACGUCUCCAUCGUGGCUAUCGGCAACGAGAUUCGCAACGGACUGCUAUGGCCGCUCGGCAAACCAAAUAAUUACGCCAACAUCGCCAACAUCCUGCACUCGGCGGCCUUCGGCGUCAAGGACUCGACCCUGUCGGCCAAGCCGAAGAUCAUGAUCCACCUCGACAACGGCUGGGACUGGUCGGCGCAGAAGUUCUUCUACGACAGCGUCCUGUCGUCAGGCGGGAAUCUGGUCAAGUCCGACUUCGACCUCAUCGGCGUCUCAUACUACCCCUUCUACAACCCCAGCGCCACCCUGUCGGCGCUCACGACCAGCCUGAAGAACCUCCGCUCGACCUACGGCAAGGAUGUGCUGGUCGUCGAGACGGACUGGCCCGCCUCGUGUCCGAACCCGGCGUAUGCGUUCCCUUCUGAUCUCAAGGAUAUUCCCUUCUCGGCAGCCGGGCAGACGACGUUCGUGCAGCGGGUUGCGAACGUUGUCGCGCAGACGUCGGGAGGCAUAGGGCUGUAUUACUGGGAGCCGGCUUGGGUGCAGAAUGCGGGCCUAGGCUCGAGCUGUGAGGACAACUUGAUGGUGGAUUGGCGUACAGAUCAGGCCAGGACAAGCCUGAGCGUGUUCGGGUCAAUCUGAUCGUCGUAUAUCCUUGUCUGUGAAUGCUAUACUCCGUACGACAUUGUCUAGACCACUACCAAGCUACCAGGGGUCAAUGCAAUAAUCUAGAAUCCCAAG